AUGGAGGAACCUGGUGGUCUUUGUGAGGACGGUCCGGUACCCCUGGAUGACCAGUCUGUUAGCCCGAGCUGUGAUGGCGAUUUGGAAACACUAAAGGAACAGCAGCAUAUUGCAGCAGAAGAAGGGAAACCUCAGGAGGAAUUGGUCGGCGACUGCAGGCACUCGUCAUCAGAAGAAACCGUUGAAAUAUGUGAACUUCAGCAGCCGGUCCAGCUGGAGCCAGAGGUUGGAACUGAGCCCCGUGACUCUGACCGUCCAGAUUCUGAACAAGUAGCAGCCGUGCCUGAAACCUCACCUAAUGAGGAAACGGAAAACGGCAUUCCCGAAAUUUCUCCGGAUAAGGACUCUCCAGAUGUGAAGGACGAUGUCACAGAGAGCACGGACACAGGGAGUCUGUUUAAUACAAUCUGCACCAAAGAACUCCUCUCCAAAAUCCACCUUCCAUUGUCUCAGGAGACUUUACUAGAUGAGAUUGAAUCUGAGCUCCAGUCCACAGAAAUGGAGCUCAAGCAGCAAAAUGGACUGACAAAAGGUGGGCUGGCACUUAGUGUGCUGGAGCACUGUGUCCAGGAGAAGUAUCUUCGGCAGGAGGACACCAUCAGGAGGUUGAUUGAAGACAAUAAGAAGCACCAGCAGCUGAUCCUGGAUAUCUGCUCCGAUAAGGACCAUCUAAGAGAAGAUCUGAGGAAACGGGGAGAGACGGAGACGCUUCAUCUGAGCUCCAUCAAACAGCUGGAGGGAAGAAUAGAAGAACUCAACCGAGAGCUGAAAUCAGCGAAGGAUAGGAUGGUGGCACAGGACAACGUUGCAAAGAACACCAUCCAACAUCUUCACAAAGAGCUGGCUGUCCGGACAGAGCAGGCAAAUAAGAAGUGCGAGGAGGCUCGGCAGGAGAAGGAGGCGAUGGUCAUGAAGUAUGUCAGGGGGGAGAAGGAGUCUCUGGAUCUGAGGAAAGAGAAGGAAGUUCUGGAGAGGAAACUGAGGGAAGCCAACAAGGAGAUUGAGAAACACAACAACAGGAUCAAACUGCUAACUCAGGAAAAAGGCCGAUUACACCAGCUGCAUGAGGCCAAGGAAAAUGAAACCAGCAGACAGAGCCGUGAAAUCGAGAAGCUUAAAGAAGAGGUGAAUUCAUAUGCCAUCAAAGUGAAGUGGGCUCAUAACAAACUUAAAACGGAGCUGGAUGGUCACAAGGAAACCAAAGAAAAACUGCGAGAUGCAACAACAAAACUAAACCAAGCUAAAGAGGAGGCAGAACAGGUCCGGCGGAAUUGCCAGGAGAUAAUAAAAAACUUACCAGGAGUCAGAGGAAAUUAAAUCUAAUGAACUGGAUGCCAAACUCCGAGUCACAAAAGUUGAGCUAGAGAAACAGAUGCAGGAAAAAACUGACCACCUGGAGGUUCAUCAGGCAAAAAUCAAGGAGCUGGAUGACCUGAAAAGAACUUUUAUAGAAGGAAUGGAUGAACUGCGCACUUUACGAACGAAGGUGAAGUGUCUAGAAGCUGAGCGGCUCCGGACAGAAGAGGAAUUAUCUAAGUACAAAGAACUUAUUAACAGGCAGAAAGCCGAGAUCCAGAAUCUGCAGGACAGAGUGAAGGUUGUCGACCAGCAGGAAGAACAGCACAAAAGGGACAGACAAGAGAUUGAGAGUUUACAGGAGGAACUGAACAGUCUGAACGCUGUCAUCUCCGACCUUCACCGGGAUAUAGAGGGCAGUAGGAUGCGGGAGUCUGAGCUACUGGGGUUUACAGAGAAGCUGACCAGCAAGAACGCACAGAUCCAGUCUGAGAACAACUCCUUACAGGCCCAGCUGGAUAAGCUGACAUAUAGUGAGAGUGAGCUCUUCAGUCAACUGGAACAGCUCCAGCUCUCCAACACUGAACAGGAAGAAAGACUGACAUCAGAGAGGAAAUUAAGACAACAGGAGGUGACUUCCCUCCAGACAGAGUUGAACUCUCAGCAGUCUCUGAUGGCUUCACGGAACACUCGAAUAGAUGAGCUCAACAAUGAACUGGCCACACAGAAGCGGAAACACGCUGUCAAUCUGAAGGAUCUAACCAAACAGCUUCAGCAAGCGAGGAAGAGGAUGGAGCAGAUGGAGAAUGGCAACUAUGAGAAGGAGGUCAGCAGUAUGGGCAGCAGGUCCAGCUCUUCAGGGUCUCUCAAUGCUCGAAGUAGCAAUGACGAUCGGUCUCCUGAGAACAUUGGGACUGCCAUGGUUGUGGACAGUUUUCCAGAAGUGGACAAAGCCGUCCUCAUUGAACGGAUUAUCCGCCUGCAGAAAGCGCAUGCCCGGAAAAACGAAAAAAUAGAGUUCAUGGAGGACCACAUUAAGCAACUGGUGGAGGAAAUUAGGAAAAAAACAAAGUACGUAUGA